UCAGCUCGCUCGGUGAUCGCUCGCUAGUGGUGGUGCCGGCGCUGCCGCCGCCGCCGCAGCCGCUGCUGAAGUGUGGCAUCACUCGUACCGAUUUAGAAUCCGCCCGAAAUAGCGACGAGUUAUUGCUGUUACCUCAAGCCUGCAUAUAUGCCUUAAUUUUACCGUAAACGCUUCUCUCGCUCUCUAUGCCUAGUCUUAUAGCUCGCGGGAAUUUUUGAAUUUCCCGCCGAGCGAGAGCGCGGAGCUUUACCUGCGCGCUGCGCCAAUGCGGAUAGAGGUGAUGCGAGCUUGCGGGGCUAGAGGAGGGAUCGAGACGCUGCUGCUGCUUCUGCUGUUGAUGAUGAUGAGAUGUACGAAUUGGCAAGCUGCUGCUGUCGUUCAGAAACAAAAAUGAAGGGAUGGUUCGACGCAUUUCGAAACGAUGGCGGACCGACGCUGUACAGCUACAGCAACCGAACUCCCGUCACCGGAGACGUUAGUUUAAUUACGAUUUUCGUCCUCUUCGGCACAGUUUUCGUUGCGUUUCUACUCAUAUUUCCAGGCAUUCGCAAAGAGAGAUUGACGACCUUUCUGACGGUGACGCUGGUUGUCUUCGUUGGUAUGACCAUCAAUGUUGCUUUGCUUGGCUCGACAUGGCACACGAGUACGGCGACAAUCGUCAGUUCCUACAGCGCCUACUCGAGGCAGAGAAUGACAGCGGAGAUCGGUGGCUACAUCGGUCUCAUGCACAUAAACAUCACCUACAGAGUAUUACCGGAGAGCGCGGACAUGGGCGACGUGGAGUACAACGAGAGGUUCUACUGGAGGAAGCCUCACGAGAUGACGGACUGCUUCAAGGACGCGCUGUUUCGAGGAACUCCUUUCCCCAUCGUUUCUCUCGCUGAAUACUUCAGCCUCCACCAAGAAGGCUUUUCCUGGGGCGGAAAGUAUCGCGAGGCCGGCUACUACGCAUCGGUUAUGCUGUGGACUUCGUUCGCAUCCUGGUCGAUGACUGGUCUGCUGCUGGUGAUGGUUCCGCGUUACGGAGCCUACGGCAUGGUGUUCACGGGGCUGUGUAUGCUCUUCACGAACCUCACCUACUGGUCGCUACUGCCUUGCGACCCCCUCGUCGCCCACGUCGACGGCUCUAUUCUGAUAUUCAAUUUCGGCUGGAAUUAUUGGCUGGUCCUAGUCGCCGGAAUUGCAUUUCUGCUCGCCGGGGUGGUGAUCACUGCGAUAGACAUGAUUUUCCCGCACUCGUUCUCAACUAUUCUGGAAGUUGACUACGAUACUCCGUACGAUAGGCACGUAAUCAUCGAAGAAAGUUUCGACACGCGAAGGAAGGACUUUCGAAGGAAAAUGGGCAGGAUUGAAGAUUCCUUUAGCGAUCAAUUUAUGAGUCAAGUUUCUUCGAAACUAGUAAAUGGAAACAAAGAGGAUCACCGUGGCAUGGUGAACCGAGGCUAUGUUUCGCAUCCGUCGGAUCUGCAAGAAGACUCGAGCAAGGGCAACUGGUCCUACCCGUUCCCGUCAACGCAGCGACGAGUAGUUUGACAUAAUCGUCGAGCGAGACCGCGUACUGCGUCGUUGUCCUUUGUGUUUAUAUUUUUUAAGCGCUACUGUAAUUUUAUCAAUAAAAUGUAUAUAAAACAAGUUCGUCAUAAUCCUGUA